AAAAGGAAAAGCACGUUCGCUUAUUGAGUUAUGGUACUGCUGUUUUAUGGUCGGUUGUACCUUUUUAAGUGACUUUUAUUGGUUUACGCUUCAGAUUCGCCGAAUCUAAACCUGUUGCGUUGUUCAAUAUUACUUAAAAGAUUAUCCUAAGCGUUUUAGUGAGGCUAAUUUGAGGGGGAAGUGAAACGUCACUGCCCGAAACUACAUCACCCAUAAUGCACCUCAGUAUGAGCGACAUACUGUGGUGAAUUUGAACUGCUAAUACAGCGGACCUCGGCUCUCAGCAGUAGUGAAAACACCUCGACAAACCGAUAUCUCUAUUCGUGAACGUUUUGCUGGUUUCUGUAAGACUGCUAUGCAGUCCCCGAACCGACCGGAGUGGACUUUGUGGGGUGAAAUAUUUAAUUUUACUAUGAAAUUGCCUCUAUGCUAGUUAUGCUAACUUUUUUUUGCUAACAACUCGCUUGGUUAUUUUUAUCCUGUAGCUUCUCAAAUAUCCUCUUCAAACAUGAAUUAAAUCCACACAGUUCGUGGCGGGGGUGUUAUAUUUGCUACAUUAGCUAAAACACAGUCUUCAAACGAUUCCGCCCAAGCUGAAAAGAUUCAGGUGAGGAAACCAUGACGCUCGCUCCGAAGGAACUGACCAACCUGCUGAGCAUCAUCUCGGAUGAGGCUUGCACCAACUCCUUCGAGAGCCUCUCCACUCACUUCCAUCACUACUUUGGGAAAGCGGAGCACUUUAGGGUGGGCUCGGUGCUGGUCAUGCUUCUUCAACAGCCGGACCUGCUGCCCAGCUCCUCGCAGCGGCUCAUCGCCCUUUACCUGCUGUGGGAGAUGUACCGCACCGAGCCGCUGGCCGCUAACCCUUUCGCCGCAGUUUUCGCGCACCUGCUGAACCCCGCGCCUGCCGGAGAGGAGCAGGAGAAGGUGCUGUCCGGCUUCUUGCCUCCCAUCACCCAGCCUGAGAAGUUCUUCCUGUCCCAGCUGAUGUUGGCACCUCCCAGGGAUCUCUUCAAAAAGACGCCCAGACAGGUGUCCUGCAUGGACGUCUGCAACAUGCCUCAGUCGAUAGACAUCAGUGGGUUGCAGCUGGCCUUGGCAGAGCGGCAGUCAGAGCUGCCCACCCAGAGUAAGGCCAGCUUCCCGAGCAUCCUGAACGAUCCAGACCCAGACUCAUCCAACUCGGGAUUUGACAGCUCUGUGGCCAACCAGAUCAUAGAGUCUCUGGUCACAGGUCCACGCCCUCCACUGGAAAGUCACUUUCGCCCUGAGCUCAUCCGACCGCCGCCUCCUCUCCACGUGUGCGAGGACGAGCUGGCAUGGCUGAAUCCCACCGAGCCGGAUCACAGCAUCCAGUGGGAUCGCUCCAUGUGUGUGAAGAACAGCACCGGGGUGGAGAUCAAACGGAUCAUGUCCAAGGCCUUCAAGAGCCCGCUGUCUGCACAGCAGCAGUCACAGCUGCUGGCUGAGCUGGAGAAGGACCCGAAGCUGGUUUAUCACAUCGGUCUGUCCCCGGCAAAGCUGCCAGACCUGGUGGAGAACAACCCGCUGGUGGCCAUCGAGAUGCUGCUGAAGCUGAUGCAGAGCAGCCAGAUCACAGAGUAUUUCUCAGUACUGGUUAACAUGGACAUGUCGCUGCACUCCAUGGAGGUCGUCAACAGGUUGACCACAGCUGUGGAUUUACCUCCAGAGUUUAUCCACCUCUACAUCUCUAACUGCAUCUCCACCUGUGAGCAAAUCAAAGACAAAUACAUGCAGAAUCGUCUGGUUCGUCUGGUCUGCGUCUUCCUGCAGUCGCUGAUCCGGAACAAGAUUAUCAACGUUCAGGACCUCUUCAUCGAGGUUCAGGCCUUCUGCAUCGAGUUCAGCCGCAUCCGCGAGGCCGCUGGCCUCUUCCGCCUCCUCAAGACUCUGGACACUGGAGAAAACCCCACAGAGGCCAAACCUGCCAAAUAAUGCUGGUCAGAGACGCUGCACAGGCAGGACUGAAGCAGCAGCUUAAACGGGGUCUGUUUGCUGUAACACAAACUUUGUGUCCUUGUACAUCACAGAAGCAGAAAACUGGGCAGCUCAGAGGAAAUGUAAAUAUGUGAUGAGGUUCUUAAACUUUCAGUCAUUUCUCUCACCGCUCACAUCUGCAGUCCAGGCCUGCGUUUUAUUUCCAGAGUGAAAAACGACUCUCCCCUUUUGGAAAAUGAAACCUCCUGAG